AUGGCGGCGGCUCCGGCUGCAGAGGGAGUGAGUUCCCCUGCAACUCCGGCUCCAGGUGCCGACAGCAAUGAUGAGUCUCCUGAAGUCGACGGAGAAGGAGUUGGAGCCGUGGGCGAAGAGAAGGACCCACUCGCGAAAGUAGCGGAGGCCGUUGGGGACAGCGAGGAGGAUGGGGAGGAUGUGUUCGAGGGUAGAAUCCUUUACAAAGUACGAUGGAAAGGAUACACAUCAGACGACGAUACCUGGGAGCCUGAGGUUCAUCUCGAAGACUGUAAAGAAGUUCUGCUUGAAUUUAGGAAGAAAGUUGUCGAUAACAAAGCUAAGCCAGUCAAGAAGGAUAUUCAGAGACUUUCCUUAAGUAAUGACAUAUUUGAGGCAAACUCUGAUAGUGAUCAGCAAAGUGAGACAAAAGAAGAUACUUCUUCAAAGAAGAAAAAGAAAAAAUUAAGACACAAAGAGGAGAAAAGCCCAGACGAUCUGAAAAAGAAAAAAGCAAAGACUGGGAAACUAAAAGAUAAGUUCAAAUCAGACUGGGAGAGCUCCUCAGAAAGUUUCGUUUUUGACUCAAGGACAAAGAAAAGAAUUUUGGAGACCAAAGAAGAAUUAAAGGAAUUUAAAAAGCCCAAAAAAGAUGACAUAAAAGAAACUAAGGAAUUAAAAAAAGUUAAGAAGGGGGAAAUAAGAGACUUAAAGACUAAAAUUAGAGAAGAUUUCAAAGAAAAUAGAAAAACAAAAAAAGACAAAUGCCUUGAAUCUCUGUUGGAGUCUGAAUCAAGUGUGCUUAAUGAUUCCCUUUCUCAAGAUGAGGACAGUGAAGAGUUACAUUCUGAUAGCAAAGAAGAAAAACAAAAGAUUAGAAUUAUCAAAGAUAAAUCUGGGCAAGAUGUGCUUCUAGAUGAUGUUUUUGAUAAACAGCUAGAUGACAAAGUAAGUGCCGAUGAGGAUGCUGAUGUGAGAACAAAGAGGACAAAGAAGAAGCCAAGAAAGUCUGAGGAGCAUAAAGAGCUCCCAAAGCUAGAAAGCAAUGAUGUUUCUUUAGAAAAAAAACAGAUACAUAAAAAACUCAGGAACCAAGAAAAAGAUAAGCUCAUAGCUGCAUCUGCCCAAAUACAGAAGAGUUCAAGAUGGAGUGGGGAUGAGAGUGGUCUCAAGUCUACUGAUUCACCUGGGAAGGAGAAAGACACUAAAAAGAGUGAACCCAAGGAAAAAUACCUGAAAAGGCAUGAUUCUGACAAGGAGGAAAAGUAUAGGAAAGAGACAAAAGGAUUAAAGACAUUUAAGGAAAUCAGAAAUGCAUUUGAUAUAUUUAAAUUAACGCCAGAAGAAAAAAAUGAUCUUACUGAGAGUAAUUGGAAAAGAGAAGAAAUACCACUGGAUUGUAAAAUCACAGACGAUCACAAAACCAAAUUAUUUAAAGAAAGGAGAAAUACAAGAGAUGAAACGGAUACUUGGGCAUAUAUAGCUGCAGAAGGUGACCAGGAAGUGCUAGACAAUGUAUGUCAAACAGAUGAGAAUUCUGAUGGCAGACAACAGAUUUUGAGUUUGGGUAUGGACUUGCAAUUGGAGUGGAUGAAAAUGGAAGAUUUUCAGAAGCAUCUGGAUGGAGAAGAUGAGAAUUUGGCGACAGCAGACACAAUUCCAAGUAAUUUAUUGAGAGAUGCUGUGAAAAAUGGAGACUAUAUUAGUGUAAAGAUUGCACUUAAUUCAAAUGAAGAAUAUAAUCUGGACCAAGAGGAUUCCAGUGGGAUGACUCUAGUGAUGCUGGCUGCAGCUGGAGGGCAAGAUGACCUGCUUCGGCUACUCAUCAAAAAAGGAGCCAAAGUUAAUGGGAGACAGAAGAAUGGGACCACUGCACUGAUUCAUGCAGCUGAGAAGAAUUUUUUAACAACAGUGGCUAUUCUUUUGGAAGCUGGAGCUUUUGUAAAUGUCCAGCAGAGCAAUGGUGAGACUGCUUUGAUGAAGGCCUGUAAAAGAGGAAAUUCAGACAUUGUGCGGCUUGUGAUUGAAUGCGGAGCUGACUGUAAUAUCUUGUCAAAGCACCAGAACAGUGCACUACAUUUUGCUAAGCAGUGUAACAACGUGUUGGUGUAUGACCUGCUUAAGAAUCAUUUAGAAACACUCUCAAGAGUAGCAGAAGAGACAAUACGGGAUUACUUUGAAGCCCGUCUUGCUCUACUAGAACCAGUUUUUCCAUUAGCCUGUCAUCGUCUCUGUGAGGGACCAGAUUUUUCAACAGAUUUCAAUUACAAGCCCCCACAGAACAUUCCAGAAGGCUCCGGCGUCCUGCUGUUUAUUUUCCAUGCAAACUUUUUGGGUAAAGAAGUGAUUGCUCGGCUCUGUGGACCGUGCAGUGUACAAGCUGUAGUUUUAAAUGAUAAAUUCCAACUUCCCGUUUUUCUGGACAGUCAUUUUGUUUAUUCAUUCAGUCCUGUCGCCGGCCUCAAUAAACUUUUCAUCAGGCUGACAGAAGCACCCUCUGCUAAGGUUAAGUUGCUAAUAGGGGCCUACAGAGUGCAGCUGCAGUGA